AUGUAUGCAAUUACUCCACCGUCAAACAAUCCAUUCACAUCUCAAUUUCGUUUUAUGAACAUUCGUCAUCUUGGUAUAUAUUUUCCGGUAGAUGCAACUUUUAUGUCGAUCAUCCCGCGAUUCGAUCAAUUGGUCUCGCUCGAAGUUGCACCUUAUGAUAGCAAUCAUGAUUUCGAUUAUUAUGCAGAACUGCAAGCAUUGCUCGAUCGAGCACCUCUUCUCUAUUCUUUAAUAUUCCGUUGUUGGUCACGGACUUCAGCACGAAUAACACCUAUUGAAUAUUCGAAUUCAUCAGUUCGUCGACUCGACGUACAGAACAUUGAUCAAUGUUACAAUCCUGAGCAAUGUGUUGCAUUGAUUCGUUCAUCAUGGGCUCUUCAAUGUCAAGUACUUUGUAUUGCUGUCGAAAAUCGAUUGAGUAUUCUUGAUUUGAUCAACGCAAUGACACAACUUCGAUUACUGAAUGUCUUGUGUCAAGAUGAUCCUUGGAACACUGACGAACAUAAUCAGUCGUCAUCAAAAGAAGACGAAUUGAUCGGCUGGCUGCAACAUCACGUACCAGCUACAUUUGCAAUCGUGCGAAACGCUGAGAAAAGUUUUAAUUAUGAUUUCAAAAGUUGCUACUCGAUUCUUAUCUGGAUUGGUUAA